AUGACCGCCGGCGGCGCGACCGUGGACGAACUCACGGAUGUCCUCCGAGAGACGCUCGAGAACCGCGGAGCGCUGGGGAACGUCCGCGCGCACCUCAGAGCGGAGGUCUCGAACGCGCUCGAGGACCGAACGUCGUUCGCGCGGCCCGAUCUGAGCAACGAGAACCUCGUCAUCAACGAGCUCAUCCGCGAGUACCUCGUGUUCAAUCGGUACCGCAGCACCCUGAGCGUGCUUCUGCCGGAGAGCGGGCAGCCGGAGACGCCGCCGUUCGACCGCGACUUUCUCGCGAGGGAGAUGCGCGUGAAAGAGAACGACACCUCGAGGAAGGUGCCGCUGUUGUACACGCUCUUGGCCAACGCGCAACACAAAAAGUGA